AUGUUUAGGAUAUAUGGCAAUCCGGGUUUAGAUACUGGAACUAUAUUUGUAAUGCAAUCCAAUGGAAAUUACUUAACUACCCAUGAUGUAGUGGUUGUGGCGGCUAAUUAUAGAUUAGGACAGUUGGGCUUUCUAUACGGGGAUCGGGAGGACGCGCCCGGAAAUGUCGGACUCUAUGACCAGUUAUUGGCUUUCAAAUGGGUUAGAGAAAACAUCCACUCAUUUGGCAAAGAUAGGGAUCAGAUCACUAUAUUUGGUAAGAGCGCCGGGAGUUGGUCGGUGUCCGCACACAUACUCUCCCCGCUAUCCAAAGGCCUAUUCAAGAGGGCUAUUAUGGAAAGCGGGUCUGUUAUGUUCGGGAAAGUGAUGGAACCGAUCACUAAAUCUGAAGCACUAGUUAUGGCUAAAAAUACGGCCAAACAUUUCAAUUGCAGUAAAUCUAAGGAUUGGUUGCAAUGUCUGAGAGAAGUUGACGCCAAAGAGUUCCCCAAAUAUCGGGCCUCGAUAUCAAUCCCAGAGUUUCAA